AUGGCUGCAAUCGAUGAUAAUUUGAACCGCGCCGAUGCUGUGCUUAAUCGGGCCAACCCGGACGACCUUAAAAAUUUGGAUAUCCUAGUGUUGCCCGCAAUGGCUUUUACCGGCCAAAACUUUCUUUCGUUGCGGGACAUAUCGCCAUUCCUCGAACCGGUCGGUUUAGGAAUUAAUGCCCUCUGGGCUCGCACAACAGCAUUUAAAUACAAUUGCAAAAUAGCAAUCGGCUAUCCCGAAAAGGCGGAUUCCUCAUCCAGCUUCCUCCUCCAGGGCGUAUUCUUCAACUCGUUAUUAAUAAUUAACGAAAACGGCGAAACCCUGGCAAAUUAUAGAAAGUAG